GAGUCAUAGAUCCUUCCUUAUCUGUCUCCUCUGUGCCUUACCUCACAAGUGAUUGUAGGUCAUUGCUGCAGGCAUUGCCUGUUUUGAUACUCUUCCCUUCCACACUCAAUGCAUGUUUUCUGUACUUCUUAAAGGAGAAAGUAUCCCUUCAGUAUCCAUUCCUAAAGCUGAGAAGUCAGAAUUCUCUCCCUUUCAGAUAUUCCGAGGGAUCCAAGCAUGCACGAAGAGCCAGCCGAAUGGAGAGCCCCAAGCCUUAGCUGAAUGCUCUGCUCCAUGUUCGUGCUGCCAAAGCUUACAUGGUUACCCUUUCCCUACUGCACCUCCUGUGGAUCCAUUUGCAAAAAUCAGAGUGGAUGACUGUGGAAAAACGAAGGGAUGCUUCAGGUACGGCAAACCUGGCUGUAAUGCAGAGACCUGUGACUACUUCCUAAGUUAUCGUAGAAUAGGAGCUGAUGUUGAAUUUGAGUUGAGUGCUGAUACCGAUGGCUGGGUCGCAGUGGGAUUUUCCUCAGACAAGAAAAUGGGAGGAGAUGAUGUCAUGGCUUGUGUUCAUGAUGAUAACGGAAGAGUCCGAAUACAGCACUUUUACAACGUUGGUCAGUGGGCUAAAGAAAUCCAGAGAAAUCCUGCUAGAGAUGAAGAGGGGGUUUUUGAAAACAAUCGUGUAACUUGUCGAUUCAAGCGUCCUGUAUACGUUCCCCGAGAGGAAACCAUUGUAGAUCUGCACUUGAAUUGGUACUAUCUGUUUGCCUGGGGUCCAGCAAUUCAGGGUUCUAUAACUCGUCACGAUAUAGACUCACCACCUGUAUCAGAGCGUGUGGUCAGUAUUUACAAGUAUGAAGAUAUUUUCAUGCCAUCAGCUGCCUAUCAGACCUUCUCUUCUCCAUUCUGUUUGCUCCUCAUUGUUGCACUGACCUUCUAUUUAUUGAUGGGAACCCCUUGACCUCUGGAAAGUAACGAGAAUUUGCCAGUGAAAGUUUCUCAGGAUGGUUGGAUAUAUGAUGGAUGAUGCAUAUUUCUAUUGGAAUUUAUAUCACACCACCAUUGUCAUCUAGCUGCUUUUGAACAUAGCUAGCUUCUCAGAAGAAUGAAAUCACCAUCUUUUGAGUGGCUGAGUGGUGACAAAUCAUGUAAGAAUAAUGAAUGAACAAAUAGGAGACGAUAUUCAGUGUUGUGACUACUUGCUUAACGAAGACUUUUGUAAAAUAAGUGCGUGUGUGUGUGUGUGUGUGUGUGUAGGUGUGUUUGGGAGGUGUGUCUGUAUGUGUGGUUAGGAGAGUUUCGUGAUGCACAUCUUAUCAAAUAACAAAAAACGCCUUCCAGAUCGCUUCUAGAAAGCAAAUUUGGGAAAAUAUUAUAAUGCCGUUUGGUACUUCUGGUGCAGAGAAAGUCCAAGUGUGGUUUCUGAACUUAGGAUCAGGAUGCUGACACUGCAGUAAAAAAGCUCCCCUUCCAUAAUGGAUAGUAGGAUGUUUUUUUCUAAUUAAUAUUGAUCAAGGUUUAUUUGCUCUGAUACUUUCAAAAACUAGCCUUGCAUAAUCAAGCAUGAACAGGAUUUUUUUAAUGGAAAGAAAUGAUCAAUGUCUUUAUAACAAUAGUGUUUCAACAACCUUCUUGAAAGAAAUACCUGCUUGUUUUGUGUGAGAUAUCUGCUUGUGUGAGAUAUUACAUUAUGUAAACAAAGGGAAAGGAGAAUGCAGUCAUUUGAAUUCUCCAUACAUAGGAAAAGCAAGUGUAAGCCACAGAGAACACUGAAGUUUCUAACAAGCCAUAGCACAUCCUCCCAAUCAAUGAAGAUUUUUUUUUAAUUUAAAAGUAGUAAUGUUGCUGAUGUGUAAAUAUGUUUUUAAAUAGUUGUGCAGUAGUACCAAGAAAUCUGUUUUUCUGUGUUGUGUUCUUGUAUAUCCUGUUCAUGUUAAAGGUGAAUAUGGGCAGCAGAUAUUUGCUUACAAAGAAAUGGAAAUAUAACUGAGAUUAUUUGUAAGGAGAGAUAGGAAUUAAUAAAAAGAUCAGUAUCUUUUGUUUCAUCAAAUCAUUGCUGAAAUGUAGCUACAGUGGAAAAGAUGGGUUAAAGAGGAAAUGCACUUCAAUUUUUUUAUCACCGAUAAAUUAUACAAAGAUGAAUGCUAAAUAUUAUCAAACUGUAAAGUGUCAAAAUAUAUUUGAGCCAUAGAAUAUUCUGAAAACUGAAUUUGUGUAGAGAAUUUCUGUCAUUCACGUGACAUGUAUAGGUGUAGCAUUUGAGUGUGUUUGGGUACAGCUGCUCAUUUGUUUCCCAAGUUGCAUUAUUGCACCAAAUUUCUCUCUAAUGUGAUGCACUUAAGGACUCUGUAAUGUAGGAUCUGCUAAAAUAUGUGAUAGACAUUCUUUGUAUUUUCAUUCCUGUAUAGUGUCAAAAAAAGUAACAAGCUUUGUUGGAUUUGCAUCAUUCUUCAUGGAAUGAAGUUAAUAGUUUUUUUUUAGGCUCUACAUUCUUGAAAGCAAUUCUUCCAGUAUGUGAAACAGGCUUGAAAAGGAAUAGCAAACUCUAUCACAAAUCCUUUAUUACCAUUUUUAGAGAAAGAUUUCUCAGAGACAUGUAACAUUUGCAUUGAUGUCUUUAAGGAUAUGUUUGUUUAAAAUUGCUGGACUAAGGUUAAAUAGGGGUGAAAAUAAUGCAAAUUGAAGUGAACUCUGAAGGUGCAUAUAGUAGCUUCUUUCGUGUAAAUUACCUUCCACAAGUUGAACAGCCAACUCACUAUCUGAUAAAAUAUGUAGUGGAAGCCACCUGAUAAGGAAGGUCAGCUUUGGACGUUCAUGAUUGUAAAACAGAGGUCUAAGAUUAGCAGAAACAGAGAGCUGAAGUCUUGGAUAAUGAGUUUUAUAGUAAGCAGCCAGGUGAAGUGAGGAAGUUAUUAGGGCUAAUUCCUUCUCUCCUGUGUUAAAGCAUAGGCAGUUUAGGGAGCUGAGAUACCACAGCCCCUUUUCUGAAAUUACAGCUACUCAAAGUAGCUCAGGGCUACUUUAGUUUAUGGCCUUAUUUACUGCAUUUCCCUGAUUACCCACUAAAAGGCUAAUCUAAUAACUGAAGCAUACUGAAGUGUGAUAGAAACCCAUUUGGGCUCCUUUAAUACAGUGCUGCACUUAGGGAUAGCCUGCUUAAACCUAGGCAGAGACAUAUGUUAAAUAUGGCAGUACUAAUACCAAGGUAAAUGUACAACACAGGUAUUGCUGCUUUGCGCUGUAAAGCACGCUGCAGGGAGUCAGAGCUGUGUAAAGGUUGAAAGUUCAGGCUCUAAAGCAAUAGUGAGGUCAGAGCUGAAGCACAGCCACUUAUGGGAAUGCCCAGUGCAAAGCAUAAACUGCUUCAGGCCACAGAUGUACCCAUGUUCUAAAUUAGGGUAGAAACACAGUUCCUUUCCCCCCCCAGGUUACUUUUAAGCAUUGUCUGGUGUUUUUGUUGUUGUAUUUUUCUCUUUUUGAAAUAUUAGCAGAGAUAUGCACUUCUAAAUGACCUUGAUCCUUGAGCUUCAAAAUACUUAAUUAGCACUAAUUAAGCAUUUCUGAUUAACUGGGAGGAAAUAAAAGUCCACAACAAGCAGCCAAGCAAUCUAUUAUUUGGCAUUUACAUUUAUGGCUGAGCUAUUAUUACUCCCUGGUAAACUGUUCUAAGAUUUUGUAUACUGCUUCACAGGUAUUAGAAAAGCAACUGUGCAUUCUCUAAGUGUUCAGCAGAAUGUUUAAGGAGAACUGAAUACUGAAAAUAAUGAUGAUAAAUUAGAAUCAGGAGGUAGGAUAAGUGGUGGGGUUUUUUUUGUUUUUUGUUUUUUUUUUUUCUUCAGAGAAGAAAGUUUGUUGUAUUGUGGCACUUUGUCUGGGAGUUGUAGGAAAAGCAGGACUGUGAGCUUUCCAAAUUCAGGAACACAAAGAAGGUACAAGCACUUGGAUGUGGGUAGUUGGGAGUAAAUACGAGAACAAAAAGGCUAUGAGAGAAAUGAAAAGGCUUUAAUUCAUUGGUGCUUAGCUUAAUAUGAUAACUAAUAAUUAUUAACAUUUAAGUGAACAUGGCAAAUAUUUUGUUUUUCAUGUUUUCUUUCCUAAUGCUUAAAAGUAGGAUUGAUCCCUGCUGUACAGUUACUACAAAGUAGCUCUCUUCAAAGCAAUUGAAAAUUGGAUCAUUUUUAGAUUCUCUAUGGUGACUACCAAUAAGCAGCUAUUAAAUAACACAUUUCCAAAGCACUUUAAUUUUGAGAGUGAGAAUAACUUGCUGCAGGGUAACGUAACACAGAAGCAGAGGCUUUAGAAAGGUUUACAGUACAGUGGUCUUUGGAAAUUUGAUUUGGUUGCUAAUUACAAAGAUAAUUAAUUAGAAAGACAAGACAGGAAAGGACCAUAAGGCAUUAAUUAGCAAUCUUGAAUAUAUUCUUUCCAUGCAGAACCAUAUUCAGCUCUGACCAUAGCUUGUUACGUUAACCAUAACACCUUCUGCUCACGCAGUCUGUCUUAUCUAUAACUUUGUAUACUUAAAGUUCAUAAGCUAUUUGAAGGAGCAGUCAGCUUCUUUAUGAUGGUGCCUAUCACAAAGGGACCUUGUGUUUUGACUGUAGUGUGUGACAGGUACUCCACUACAAAUACCAAGUUUGGCCUGAAAUAAUUUAGGCAUAAAUUUAAUUUAACCAUAAUUUAGGCACAGGAGAAAGAAACAGAGAAUAAAGACCUCUAUAAAGUUUGCUUUCCUUCAAUGGAAUCAAAUAACUUUAUGGAUAGUUGAGACACUUCUAGAUGCUACUUAUUUUUUCCCAAAUAAAAGCUUAACUGAUUUUAGAAUGUCGUUGGGUACGGGAUGAUGCUUUCAUCUACAGUUAUAAAGCGAAUUAUUCUGUUUCUGGAAGAUAAUGUUUUAAAUAGAUAUUUUGAAACCCC